AUGGACCGGCCUAUCCUCCAACCCGACCAGAUGGCCCUACUGAUCAAGGGUCUGGCCAUAGAUGACAACCCGCAGCAGCAGGAAUACUGCCUCAGCAUCCUGCUCAACCUCGCUGCGGAAGCCGGCAACCGCAGGCAUCUAGAAGCUCUGGGCGUGGCGGCACCGAUCGUCAGGAUCUUAGGCUCGGACAGCGCCACCGAUGUCAUGCGCAUGUACGCCUGCUGGGCUCUCUCCAACCUUACCGCCGACGGCCCCUCCGCUGCCAUCCAAGAGGAGCUGGACGCUGGCAGGCUGCUGCACGCGCUGAAGCGCAUCUUCAUCGAGGACCGGGACAACGCCGAUGUUUUGGAGAAAGUCCUGUGGCUGCUGACCAACAUCACCACUGAUGACUACCCGCGGAACAAGGCGCUGGUGGCCAGCGAACGAUAUGGUUUCAUGGCGCUGCUGACGUCGCUGCUCGACUUCGCCACCGACGAGAACCACGAGGAAGGCGAAGCGAUCCCCUUGAGCGAGAUGGAGUACCCGGAGAAGAUCGUGACCGGAGCGGCCAGAGCGCUUCUCAACCUCUUCUUUGAUGCCGAGGUGCAGGCCAAGUUCAUCAUGCAGCCCAACGCGGUGCGGCAAGUGGUCAGUCUGCUCUCAUCCGCCUCGCGCGAUAUCCAGCAGUCGGUGUUUGACCUCCUGGUCAAUCUUUCCGCCUUCGAUGCCGAGACGCGAAAGCUGCUGGUGUCACACCAAGUCUCGGUAAGGCUCACCAAGGUGCUCAACGAAGCCGAAGUGUUUCCCAAGAUCUUGGAGAGCGCGAUCAAGUCCACCUCCAACAUUGUCAUCGAAGUCCUUGCGUUGGUCGACAUGCUCACACGCCCAGCCAUCCCAGCCGUGAUUAAGAACGAGAUUGCGACAGCGCUGCAGUCGCUGUCGACGAACAAGGACGUGCGCGACAUGAUAUUCAGGGCCAACGCCGUCCCGCCGCUCGUCGACCUCAUGAUCCACAAUCUGCAGGACUCCGCCGAAGCCGCGCUCGAGGACGUUCUGCGUGUGAUGGUGAUGCUCACCCUCGACGAGGACAAGCAACGCGAGCUGCGGGACAAGCACGAAGUCGACGUCUUCUUCAGGCGCAUCGCCCGUGCCAACGAGCUGCAGGAACUGCACCAGAUGGCCUUGAUGGGUCUCGAGUACCUCAAGGCUCCGAUCAAUGGCCCCUUGCAACCGAAGGUCGAGAAGGUCGCCACCCUGCGAAGGUCCAGGGCCACUCUCUCGAGCAAUAGCUCAGGCCCGAUCUCGCCGGUGCCCGAAGUGGAGGCACCAGUUGCCCAGGUGGACGACGAACGGUUCUACAUGAAGCGCAAACACAUCGCCAAGGAGAUUUUGGAGACGGAGAAGAACUACGUCAUGUACCUCGGUUCCAUAGUCACCAGGUUCAUCGAGCCCUUGGAGAGCAUCCUGCAGAAGAGCCCGAAAUCGUUCAUCACGCAGGACGACAUCAAGAAGAUCUUCUCCGUCAUCAGGGACAUCCUGGCGGUCAACGGCGCUCUGCUGGUGGAGGUGGAGAAGGCGCUCGAGUUUGUCAACGAAAACCUGAAGAUGCAGUUGGGUCAGGCCUUCCUCUCGGCGGUGGACAAGUUCAAGAUCUAUUCGGCCUACGUAAAUAACUUCGACACCAGCAUCGAGACAUUGGACCGGGUGGAACGCGAUCCGCGGUGGAGAACAUUCAAGGAUGAAGUGAGCUCCAGUGGGUCAGUGAAAGACCUGAACUCCCUCCUCAUCAUGCCCAUCCAAAGAAUUCCACGCUACCUCCUCCUGCUCAACUUGGGCCUGCCGAAGAUGCAGGAGCUGGCGGCGUGGAUGGAGAGCGAGAAGGACAAGUGCGAGGGAGACAUGUCAGCUCACACGCUCGGGUUGCGCUCUCGACAGGUGCUCAGCGUCAUGACGAAGCUGGCCAAGCAGAUCCAGGGCUACCCCAAAGCCUUCAUGGAGUUCGGCAGAAAGCCGGUCAAGGAGGGAAUGGUGCUCGAAUACGUGCCCGCCACCAAGAGAUCCCGCUACAGGUACCUGUUCGUGUUCACGGACGUGAUCAUGCUCACGGAGCAGAAGAAGGCCCGGCGGGCCGAUCGAGCCUACAAAUUCCUCGAAGAUGCCUUGCUCGUGGGAGCCCAAGUGGCCGCCCUCCCCGACACUCCCUCCCUGAAGAAUGCGAUCAAGCUUACCUCCAGUGGUGGCACCAAGCGAGACUGGGUGUUCUUCUUCGGCGUCAAGCUCGACGCCGAUCUCUGGCUCAGUUGCUUAUCCAAGGCUAUUGUGGGCGCCAACGCCGCGUUCCAGGUGCAGAAGCAAGUUAGGACCAGCAUCGUCUUGCCUGUCGGGUUGACCGAUCAUAGCACCCUGCCACAUAUGACCAUGAGCGCCAGCUCCGUGCCCAUUCCCAGCUACCGGAUGAGCUAUUCGGACAAAGAGACGGGGCACUGUGCCAAAUAUUAUCAGCGAGCCGAUGCCUGGCCCACCACCAGUUUCCCACAGACAGCAGAGGACAUAGAGAACUACAAAAAGACGAUGAUCGCCCGCUACGAGGCGGAGCUCCUGGAGAACGCGGCACGGCUGAACAUACGACCACGGGUCAUGUCCACCAAGGAGAAGCGCAUGUCGAUCAAGGAGGAGAGGAAGAAGGAAAAGGAGCGGCUCAAGGAGAUCAAGAAGAUGCAAAGGAAUUCUACCGAUCCCUCAAAGCCUUUUUAG